AUGGCUGAGAAAGACUUAGACAGGAAAGCUUCGUUCGAUCAUGUCGAAGAAAUCGAUCAAGACCUCAAGGAGGUCGAGGCUCAAAAGACUAAACAGCAUGGAGAUGCAGUUUUGGACAUCAUCGGGGACGAGAGAGUUGUUGUCACGCAAGAGGAUAUCGACAGAAUCCGAAGGAAGACUGAUAAACAGAUUCUGACCAUCUUAAUUUGGGUUUAUCUAUUACAGAUUCUUGAUAAGCUUGUCAUGGGAUACGGCAACGUUUUCGGUCUCUCAGAGGACAAUCAUCUGGUUGAUAACCAAUAUUCAGUUGCGGUAACGAUGAAUAACAUUGCUCAACUCGCGUGGCAACCUUUCUCCACCUAUCUCAUUGUCAGAGUUCCGGCCAGAGUUUUGAUGCCAUGUUUUAUUUUUGGAUGGGGUACCGCGCAAGCAUGUAUGGCUGCUUCUUCGAGCUCAAUGGUAUCGAAGAUCCGAACAACCUAUCAGGGUGGCAGCAUGGUACUCUACGAACGGUAUCGCGCAAUGUAUAGCGGCCUUGAUGUCAUUCGGAUUGGGCUAAAAAUCAACUCUGAUAAGAUCGCUUCAUGGCAAUUGAUCUUCAUCGUGGUUGGAAGUAUCACAGUCUUAACUGCACCCGUAGUCUACUGGAGGAUUGAUUCCGAUAUUGCCCAUGCGAGAUUCUUAUCUCCUGAAGAUAAAGCCAAAGCGAUCGAAAGAUUGAGAGCCAACCAGACUGGUACAGGUACGAACGAAUUCAAAUGGGCUCAUGUCUGGGAAUUGGCAUAUGAUCCCAAGACUUAUCUUUUCGGUGGUUUGGCUCUUUGUUUGAAUUUCGGUGCGACGGUGACUACAAGUUUCGGACCAACGUUGAUUAAGAAUAUGGGUUACGAUAAGUUUAUUACCGCACUUCUCAAUAUGCCUUUCGGUGCCCUGCAGUUUUUGACAAUCAUGGCCGCUUCGUACGCUACUCAAAAGUUCAAACUCAAAGGUCCAGUCCUUGCGGCAUUCAUGGCACCUGUCCUAGUCGGUUUAGCAAUGUUAUAUCAUGCCAAUCGACAACCUGUAGUCAAUCAGAAAGUGUCUUUGGCAGGCUAUUACCUAAUGGCUUUCCUGUUUGGUGGGAAUCCAAUCAUUGUCAGUUGGAUGGUAGCCAAUACAGCCGGUCAAACUAAGAAGAGUGCCAUCCUCGCUGCCUACAAUGCCUUCAACGCUACCGGUAGUAUCAUCGGUCCUCUUCUGUUCAAUUCGAAAGAUAAGCCAAGAUAUCUUCCAGGACUUCGAGCUACUCUAGGUGUUUUCGCCGCGAUGCUCGGUCUGAUCGGACUCUGUAUGGGAUUGAUCUUUAUUUUGAACAAACCACGUGAAAGACAGAGAGUAGCUGUUGGUAAACCAGCCAAAAUCAAGGAUACCAGUAUGCUCACCAAGUACGAGGCAUACGGUCACGAAGGUGGGGCCGGUGAAAAUGCUUUGAAGGAUAUGACGGAUUUCAAGAACAACGAGUUUGUAUAUUUAUACUAG